UAAGAUAUCUAGCAUUAUAUGACAGAUGUUUUGCUAUGCACCACAGUGACCACAAUAUCAUUUCUACAUCACACUAUACUGAUGACAAAUUGUAGCAGAAAAUCAUAAGGAACCCAGUUUCUCUUUGUUCCCGAAUUUUGAAAUGCCUCACUGAACACCUGUAUCUAAACAAAGAAACAUCGGAUAAAAAACAAUUAUAUUCCGAGCAGUCUGCAGAAAAUCUAAAUCAAUAUUCCAAAAUAAAGUGAUGCAGGGUGUUUGAGGAAAACUGAUUUAUCCCAAAGACGAAUGCUUAAUUUAUGCAGGUACAACUGCUGAGUGACUGGUUAAAGUGAUUGUCAUUUAAAUUCUUCCCCAAUAAUAAUUCUGCAUCACAGCCUUUAUUGAGGAAUGAUCAAGCCUCUGCCUGCCUGCUAAGCACUUUGGAAAAAAUGUUUCACCAACAUAAUGAGUCAUGCUUUCCGUCUGGUGAUCAUUUUGAGUCAUAACCAGGUCUCUUGUUGGCUUGCCAUUCUCUCCAAGACUCGUGUGUCAUACCGGGAAAAAAAUUGUCAGACUGGGCAGUUUGGAAAAAAAUUGACUCGGGAGGAAUAUCUGCUUGUGCAGUUCUUUUUAUUUUUUGUUCCAAAGAAGUGGCUAAUGGUUUAUUCAGUGGAGCAUUGGGGGGAAUUAUUUACGCCUCAGUAAGACCCCAUUUUAGACACACCUGCUGUGGAUAAUACAUUUUCAGGCCAGAUUUAACUCUGUAGAGAUUUUGUGAUUGAAACCAAUAAUGGACUUCAUGGCUCUUCAGGUGCAAUUUGAAACAAGACAUCAUGUCAUCACCCACCCCAUCCCAGAGCGACACUGUCACCACGGCUUCUACGGCCUCCAACUCCUCCGACAGCGAGAUGGAAAAUGCCAACGGGCCUAAUACACGCUGUUCCAUUUGUCAAGAAACAUACACUAUACCCAAAGUCCUCAGCUGUUUUCAUACAUUUUGCCAACCCUGUCUCGAAAAACUUCAAGAAGUUGCAGACAAGAUAAGCUGCCCUGAGUGCCACCAAGACACAUUCCUUGGAGGUCAAGGCUUAACAGGUCUCCUGCCCGAUUACGCUGUAAGCAACCUACUGGAAACCAACGCAUUAGAUACAAGUGCCUUACACUGUACUGGCUGCAAAAGCAAAGAAACCAACGCUGUUGCAAGGUGCUUCGAUUGUGCAAACUUCUUGUGUGCCAACUGUGUCAUGGCCCACCAGUUUAUGCACUGCUUUGAGGGACAUAGGGUAGCUAGUCUGAGUGAAAUUCAAGGCAAUAAAGAUGAAAAUGGCAGUGGUAAGUCAGAGAAACCCAUCUACUGCCCCAGACACAAGACAGAUGUUCUAAAGUUCUUCUGCAAAACGUGUGUGCAGCCCAUCUGUAAAGAGUGCACAGUUUUUGACCAUGGAAGAGGCCAUGACUGCUCAUUCAUCAUGGACAUUGGAGAAAAGCAGAUGGAAGUCUUGCAGAGGAUGGAAGAGGAUGCGAAAAACAAAGUCAAUGAACUGCGUGUAGCAGCCAAAGGGAUAGAACACAUUUCUAGUCGUCUGCAGGUCCAGUACCACAAAGCUCAGAAUGAUAUCAAUGACACAUACAACUUCUACAGAGCAAUGCUGGAGGAGAGAAAACAAGAAUCUCUUAAGGAACUUGAUCAGGUUUUCAAUACAAAGCAAGUUGCCAUUAGUUCCUUAGCCCAGAAGAUCCAAGACAACAUUGAUCGUCUUUUCCAGGGAUGUGAUUUUGUUGACAAAGUUGUCAAAUAUGCAAGCAUCACUGAAGCUUUGAUGUUCAAGAAUUUGGUGGAACAACGAUUCCAAAAUAUGUUCAACUUUUGCCCAGAUAUCAACAACCAUAUGUAUUUUGAUAUCGAGUUUGUGUCCAACUUUCAAGCCAUCACCACUGGUGUACGCAACACUUUUGGAUACAUCCGUGAGGCUGAAGACAUCAUUCCUCCAGUGCAGAAACCACCUCCCAUUGCUCGACCAAAUGGUGUCAUAACCACUGCCACCACCUCCACAUCCUCUUCACCACCUCUAACCAACGGCCAUAUUUUUGAGACUCCAAUGCUGUCCAAAGAUUUCGGAGGCUCUCAGAAUAGCCUCAUAUUUCCACCUGCAGACACUAACAUGUAUGAGAAAUGGUCUAAUGGAAUGGACAUUUUUCAGAAUGGAAUUGAUGUGUUUUCCACCAGUGCUGAUCCACUUUUUGACAUAUCAAGCAAGCUGAACCUUACCAGUCUGUACCCACCCAAGUCACAACUGAAGCGGCAGAAGAUGAUCUACCACUGCAAAUUUGGAGAGUUUGGUGUCAUGGAAGGCCAGUUCACAGAGCCCAGUGGGGUAGCUGUUAAUGCACAGAAUGACAUCAUUGUUGCUGACACAAACAACCACAGAAUCCAGAUCUUUGACAAAGAAGGAAGAUUCAAGUUUCAGUUUGGAGAAUGUGGGAAGAGAGAUGGCCAGCUGCUUUAUCCAAACAGAGUUGCUGUUGUAAAAUCUUCAGGAGACAUCAUUGUCACUGAGAGAAGUCCAACUCACCAAAUACAGAUCUACAACCAGUAUGGACAGUUUGUCCGUAAAUUUGGUGCCAACAUACUCCAGCAUCCACGAGGGGUGACUGUAGACAACAAGGGAAGAAUUGUCAUUGUGGAAUGCAAAGUUAUGCGAGUCAUCAUCUUUGACCAGUUUGGAAAUGUCAUCCACAAGUUUGGCUGUUCCAAGCAUCUAGAAUUUCCAAAUGGAGUCGUGGUUAAUGAUAAGGAAGAAAUUUUCAUCAGCGAUAACCGAGCUCACUGUGUGAAAGUCUUCAACUACCAGGGUGUCUUUUUGAGGCAGAUUGGAGGAGAGGGCAUUACCAAUUAUCCAAUUGGAGUCGGCAUCAACAGCGCUGGUGAAAUCCUUGUUGCUGAUAACCACAACAAUUUCAACCUCACGAUUUUCACUCAAGACGGCCAGCUCAUCAAUGCCUUGGAGAGCAAGGUGAAGCACGCACAAUGUUUCGAUGUGUCCCUGAUGGAUGAUGGUUCCGUUGUCUUAGCAAGCAAGGACUAUCGUCUCUACAUUUACCGGUAUGCUCAGAUACCCGGCAUUCCUAUGUAAUAAGCAAGCAGGGACCUGCUGAAUCUGGAACAAAGUGAACUCAGCGUCCAAGAGCAACUUACGGGGUAGUGUUGCUUUAGAAAUGACUGGAAUAAAAUUCCAUUUUUAUUUACUGUAUUACUCAAAUGUUCAUUUUCUAGUCAACAUUUGAAAAUGAUGCCAAUUAUGAAUAAGGGAAAAUAGUUUAGGGGGCAAGAAAACCUUAGUAUUGUAAGCCUUGUAUGAGCAAUGUUACAGGCACAUGUCAUGUUUUUAAUCAUUUUGCAUGCCAUUACUGUUAAAUUUAUACAAAAAUCAGUAUUUUCAUCAAUCUUGUGCCUGUUCCAGCAGCUUUUAUAAGAGUGAGCCCCUUGAAACACCUCAAGACUUUGUACACAAAUUUGAAAGCCUUUUGUUCUUAAUAUGUGAUAGCCGUGUUUUUGUUGUGGCUCUUCUUCACAAUUUGUAAAUGAAAUGCCUGCUUUUGUAAGUUAUUAUUUAAUAGUUUGAAUUGUGUUAUGGUAUAUAUAUAUAAGUGUUAUUUAGUCGUUUAAUUUACUAGUUGUUCUUUUUCAUUUUUUCCAAGUUAUUAAUAUUUUUCUCGUUGUUGGUAUUUUUUGAGGAUAUUACACAGAGGUGGGUUAGAAAUUUCACUGUGUUUUAUUGAGUGUGCUUUUUUGCCGUAAGAUAGGAGAAUCUUUUUUUUUUUUUUUUUGAGUGCUACCUCAAUGUUCAGAGAAUCAAAGAUCAAAAUAUACUGCAAUUUAAUGUCAACUCUCAAUAAAAUAUGCAAGAGAAGUCGAGGCUUCAUAUCCAUUGAUCAUUAUAUACUGCCUUAAAAAAAGCCAUUGGGACUGAAUAUUUUAAAUCAGAUGAAUUUAGACAUAAAAUGUACAGAGAGUAAGAGAACAAAAGGAAAGGAAUCAAGAAUUAAAAAGAAAGUGCAGGCACAUUGAGGAGUGAUUAGUUACUGUAGUAUGUUGCUAUGGAAUUGGGUGUACAUUUUUCAAGACACAAUGUAAUGGCUGCAAACUUUUUUUUAUAACAAAGCAUUGUAUAAGUAAAUGAAUUUUUAUUAUGUAUGUGCUCUGAAAGUGAAAUUUUGUAGCUUUAAAUAACAUGGAUUUUGUGCAAUGUUGACAGGGGGUGGGGGUAGGAAAAACAUAGCAUUUUGUAUUAUUGUAUUUUUAUACUAAAAGAUUUGUAGUAUUAAUUUUUGGCUGUUUUUGUAAUGUUAUUUUAAAUGAGCUUUCAAAGGCAAACAGUUUCAAAUUUUUGUAUAAAAAAAUAUUUCUAGACUUUAUUUGGUUUUUGAACAAAAAUGGUCAUGGCUUGCUAUUCCUGUACCAAUGUUUUUUGGUUAUUUUAUAUUGUUAUCAAUCUGAAAGUUUCAUAUCAGUCUUGUCAAAAAGAAUUUCCAUAAAAAUACAUUUAAAAAUAUCCAAAAAAAAAGUUGCUUCUUGGCUUGAACAUCCACUAGCAUGAAAGUGCCAUAGCAUUUGCAUUUUUCUCACAAUAAUUUGCCAUAUUGUUAGACUUUUUUAUAUCCCCUCAACAAAACUCUACAUUGCAAUGACUUUUUUUUGUUAGUGAACAAAGAUCAGCUUUUCAUUUUCAUUCAUAUCUCCCCCAUCAUGUAGCAAAAGGAAUGUUAUCAAUUUUAUUGUUACAGCAUGGUGCUAACCGUUAGACUUGGUCAUUUCAUGCUCUUUCAUGCUAGUGGUUCUUUAAUUUUUUUUUGAAGUAUUGUUGUACUUGAGUGUGUUCAUAAACAUUGAUUAUUUUUCUACAAAAUGCUGUUAAAAAAUUGUUGUUUUUUGGGAGGUUGUGUUGAAAUCUACCACAGUGUCUUCCUUCCUGUGUAAAAGUUAAUUGUUAAGUCUACAUUCAUUGGCUUUGCCCAGGAAAGAAAGUAACGUAAAAUUCAUUUUCAUUGGUUAAUAUUCUUAUCAGCUAGAUAGAUGGAUAAAAACCAGAUUAUUACAUUUUUUGCAAGUUAUUCUUUCUUUACUGUUCAACAGAUUUAUUACGUGUGUAAGCAUACGAUAAAGUUAAGCACAAUUUUUUUUAUGAUACGGCCAUUUUUAUUUUUUUUUCUGUUGAAAGACUGCAUUUUGUUUUGCAAUUUUCCCGUGGUGCUGAAAGCAUCUUCUCUGUGCACACACUCUUUCUGUAAGCAAUUGAAACCAUUUUAUCACAGCUACAUGUUCUACAAACCAGCAGACACUUCACACUGUACUAGACGUCAGUGUUGGUGGGAGUUUAAAGCCAGGAACAUGUUCUUCUUCCCCUAAAAGAAUUGAGUCUUCGGCAAUCCGAUGACAACUAACUGUUUGACAACAUUCCUCCCCGUUUAUGCUCUACUACUGUUUUUGUCGUUGAUUUUAAAAAGAUACGACCAAUAACUAUACGGUGUUCAUCUAUGCUCAUUUAUGAAUCGAGAUUUUUAUUGAACUUUGCCUCCAGUCACAUUUUUUGUUGAUAAUUUAUUUUGUAUUUGUUGAAUUGUAUAGAGCUGCCAUUCUGAGGGCAUCUGUGUGUAUAGUCAUUGUGCGUGUGUCCAAAAUUAUGUUUACUAACUCCAAGCGGGGGGAAAUAACUGUCAUGACAUUUCACUGAAUGACGUUCAUGCAGUUUUUGUCCUCAGAGAACAGAGUGGCCUCCUUUAUAUAUUAAUAUAUGUAAUAUAUGUCUAAUCCAAAUGUUAUGUGGUUUGAGAACAACUUUUCUGUUCCAGAAUAUUAAAAAAAAAAAAAAGGAAAAAAAAUUAUAUUAAUUUUUAAAAUGGUGAUUUAUUUAUUUAUUGUAAAUGGAUAUUGAAAGCUUGAAAAUUGGAGAUUUUUAACACAUGAAGUUCUGGAAAGAAGUUAGUUCUCUGACCACCACUGUUGUUGAGUGUCAGUGUUUUUGGCAAUCAAGCUGUUAUAACUCUGUGCCAUUAUAUAACCUUGGUUUGUUUUUGUUUGCCCCCCUUAUUUAUACUUCAGUUGAUCAGUCAUCUGUGUGGUCAAUACAAUCAUAAAUUAUUCUGUAGUUAGAUUUUUAUUAUGUUCUUUGAUGUGAAUCCUUAUUUAGUUUAUCUGUGAUUAUAGUUUUGCCAACUUCAGGAAUUUAGAUAAUUUUAUCAAAAUAUACCCACAUUCUUUUUAAUUUAGAAGGUGGUGGAGUAGCUUGCAAUUUCUCCAGGGUAUUGCCAUUGGCAUUACAUUGAAAUGGCAAGGAUUUCAAGUACUAGUAUUUUUCUCUCUUUAAUCUAAAUUACAAAACUGGCAUUAUUGUAUUCAAAUUGACGUCUUCUUAUGUUCCGUAUAUUGCAAGUGAGUACUCGUUUCUUAUUCCUAAGUUUGAAUUAUAUUGUUGUAUUUUCUUUCUUUAUUUGGAAAAGUCCCAUUUAAGCCACAAAGAUCAGCAGAUGAUAUUAAUUGGGUGAAAUGCAUGUGGACUUGAUUUGUUUACAGGUAUUUGUUUGUUUUUUAUGUCAUUGUAAUCGAGGCAUCUGUCUAGACUGGGGAAUCCGACUGGUGCAAAGGUUGAUGUUCUUUGUGAAAUUCUAAAUAGGUCCGAAGAGUUGGAUUAUUUUAGUUUUAUUCAGAUUUGUUUUCACCAUUUUCCUAUUUAAGUUUUUAGAUAAAACGCUAAUUUGUUUUCUCCAGAUGUAAAACUACAAAAUAUGAGGCUAUUUUCUUUAUUUUGCAUUGAUAGCGCCAAAAUAUAAUUUGGUUCUGGUUAGUACAGUGUUGAAUCUUACUCUAUUUGUAAAUGUCUUCUAUUAAGAAAAGAUCUUUAAUAUAAAGUUGUAUAAUUAUAUAAUAUAGUUAGUUAAUAUGUUGUGCAGUUUAUAAGUUAUUCAUACAGACAUUUAUCGUGUUGUUGUUAAAUGCUUCAUUCCAGUUCUGUAUUAUUCUGGGAUAUUUUAUUUUAUUGGAUUAUUUAUGUUGCGUAAGAAUCCAGAAAAAGCAAGUUUAACAAUGAUUAAUCAAACAGAACAUCACUCUGAAUAUGACAGGGAACCUUCAAAUCUGACUUCUGAAUGAGACCACCCUAUCAAAAAGCAUCAUCAACUUCACAGUCAACUUAGUGAAUCAAAGAGAUUAUAUACAUGACAUAACACUACAAAUUUCUCUGUGAUUUGCUGCGUAUUUACAUCAUUGCAUAUUUUACAAGUCAUAAGAAUCCCCAUCCUACGAAUAUAUUGUUAUUGUUAGACUUGAAUUUUUUUUUACAAAAAAGAAAAAAAAAUACAUUUAUUAAAAAAAAGUGUUUGUUGGGACUGAAUGGAAUUUUUGCUUGCUUUCAUCAAAUUGAGAAGCAAAAACCUUUGAAUGCUCUCCAUUACACGGCCAAAUAACAUACACCAUUAUGACUGAAUGUGUAUGUUUGAAAGGAUCUUUUUCCAAAGUUAUAGAAGUUUAAAUGAGAAUAUUCUAUAGAAGGGAUCUAUCAGAAUCAUCGGUUGAAAUUCAUAGGAUAUAUCAAACGGAUAGGUGUGGAAUUUUGAUUUUUGUUAUUACUUUGGAGAAAUUUUGCCAAAGGGUGUUCAGCAUUAAUAUUUCAAAGUAGCAGAGAGCAAGAAAUUUUUUUUGCAAUGUUGAUUUUCUUUUUCGUUGAUGUUUUAUAAACAAAAGUCUGCCAGUUAAUCCUUUUUUUGUUGACCUUUUUAUACUUACAUUUACAGUUAGGUAGAGAUAUAUGCUUAUUGUCCUUAACUGAUUUACCACUUUAUGCAAUUUUUCUAGACCCCUGUACAACAGUUCAGUUUUUGUAAAGGAACGAGGAGUUAAUUUUAUUUUGAAAGGAAAUAUAUAUCAGAGUGGAAUGGCAUUUACCCAGGAAAUCUGGUUGGAAAUGGUGGUCUAACUUUAAGUUUAGUAACCAAGAUGUUUUUUUUUUUUUUGUUAUUUAGCAUUUAGUGUGGAUGUUUUUCUUUGUUGUAAUCCUGUGUACAAAAGUUGAGUUUCUUUUAGAGUUUUGCUUUGCUGUUUUCAGUGUAGUUAUUUAGAUCAGUAGUUCUCACUCAUGGUGUGUUAAUAUGGUAAUGUUCUGAAAAGGAACCAUUUUAUUUUGUUGCGUGUCUGAUGAUGCUGAAUUGAAAGUUUGCGGAUCUUCUCAAGAGAUAUUCAGAACACUUGAACCUGACAAAGUCACACUCGGACAACAAGCCCUUUACCUCUAAUGCCAAAGACUAGACUACUGCAAAAAAGUAUUCUUCUAUUUGUACAAGUCAUUGCAUUGGAACAUAAGUCAGUGUGCAAUUCUUGCCGGUUUAAAAUACUCAUUCAGGGAAUAAGGACAGUUGGUUGCAAGAAACACAUACAUUGGUCUUUAAUUAGUAUGAAUGAUUCAUUUUCUAAUUUUCUUGCAUCCUGUAAAAGUUUAAAUGAUUGUCAUUACGGUAUAUCAGUGAAUACGAGUUCAGGUGUCUUAAUCACGUAAAAUUUUAAGAAGUCUUCAGUGGUUGUUUCCGUCCACGUCUGAUUUGGAAGCAGUCAGGGUUUUAUAAAUGUUUGGCUGUGUGACUUGGUCAGGUCUUGUUUACUAGUCUUUAUUUGGACCAGGAUUUUUUUGCUUUUCACACAUUCCAUUUCUUGAUGAAUUGAAAAAUUAUUUCCAUCUUAAAGUGAAUGGCUGAAAAAUUCGGUUCCCAUCAUCCCAGGUGACCAAUCAUAAAAAUAAAGUUUGCGUAUGGAAAAGGUCAACAUUGCAGGACAAACUGAAGGUCACACAUACCAGGUCUCGAUUGUGAUUGGUCACCAUCCAUGUACAUUACUGUGAGGUGAUUAGUUUAGAAGUUUGUUGUUUUUUGAAUGGGUAUAUGGUUUAUUUUCACUGUCAUCCUGUUAGCGAUCUGAAUGCCAAGGUCUCCCCAAACUCAACCUGGCUGAAAAAAAAAUUGUUAAAGGACACCUUAUGCAUUGUUUUUAUACUAAUUUGUGUUAUUUUCUAUGUAAUUUUUGAUGCAAUAGUGCUUAGUCGUAGAACUAUAUACUUAGAUGUUAACACUGAUGGUUAAAUUUUGAUCUCUUAUUUUGUAUGUCAGGUUUUCAUGUUUAAUAUAUCAACGUACAAUGGAAAAUUUUUAACUGUAUUCACAGGUUUUUGUUAUGCGUGUAAACUGAAUGGAAUUCAAUAAAGUAUUUUGUUUGCUUCAA